UCUCCUUUUGUCGCUAUCUAAUCUGCGAUGACGUUUCUAGGUACUAUACAGAAGUCCUUUGGUGAUACAAAUGCAUAUUGUACCUAAACCUAUACAACGAGUAGUCGUGUGUGCGUUCGUUUGAAAUCUUGACCAAGUUCGAGGUUAUUUUCCUUGGCAGUGGGUAGAUUAUUCAAGAUGACCACUGAUCAAAGACAUGAAAGAAACGACCCUGAUGAGAGCAACGGAGAUCGCUAUAUAUACCUGUACGAUGUCCCAAGCUUGCAAGAAAUAGCGUCUCAUGAAAUAGUUCGAGAAAUAUGGAACAGAAAUCUAUCAACAUAUCAUCCUAUCAAAGGUGAAGAAAUGAAUGUCAUCCCUUGUAGUAAAUUCCUCGAGUACUGUGACGAAUAUGGAUGCCAACAACAGCAGGCAAGAGAAAUGAUAACGCAUCUGAAAGUUCCUCGUCGUGUUGAAGAAAAGCUCAAAAAUUCCCUUGAAAAGUUGUGUAAAGAGAUAACACGUUGGGUUGCGCAUCUUCUGCGAAUAGUAUUUCGCCAUAAAUGUCUGAGGGGAAGUCACGAAAUUCGGGGCAUUGAUCCAAAAUGGUGUAUUUGGUCAAUGCGUGACGAAAUCGACUAUGAAAAAAGCGUGAGGAAAAUUCUAGAGAUCGGAAAUUUGACUGAUUUGCAGAAAUUUCUCAUCAUGUGCGAAUAUUGCAUGGAAGAUGAGAUCGAAAAAUUUUCGUUGGACUUGCUGCCAUCUGAAUUCAUCGAGAAAGUGACAUUUUCCACUAAUAAUUCUUGUUUCUAUUGGAUUUGUUUUCUAAAAAAUGAUCUUCACAAAAUGCCAGUUGAAAAUCCCCUUCUUGCCGGUAUCAGAGAGGGGAAGGAAAUCUAUACUAAUUGUAGGUUCAGCACCAAAUUUUUCUGGGAUCGUUUAAGCGAUGAUGAUCAAGUAAAAGUAGCUGUUGGUUGGAUUCGUCAUGAGCUUGGCGUGGACACUACUUUUUUACAACAACUCCUUUCGGAAAUGUCAUGGUAUCAACAACAAUGUUUGUUGUCUGAUUUGUCAGAAACGUUCCAGAACAUCAUUAUUCGUUUUGCCAUUCGGCCUCGUUCAUCGCAAAUUACACUGUGGAUAUGGAAACACUUCAAAAAUGAGAUAUCUCUAGAACAAUUUCCCAAGUUCUUCUGUGAUGUGAUAAUCUGUGACACAUCGACAUUUAUGUUGCUUGAGAUGUGGGAGACCGCUUCUGAUCAUCAGAGAAAUUCUUUAAUUUUGAACAUGUCUGAAGAGUUUAUUAAUAGUUACAUUAUAGGACAAGGUUUUGUGAAUAGUGCGCUGAAGAAUGAAAUGUGGAUAACUAGAAGAAACUUGAUGUUACAAAAAACAACCCAAGACGAUAUGCCAUGGCACGAUUCAUAUUUGCUAAACAACAUACUGGAUAAUAGUUCACCAUGCUCAGAUGACAUAUUGAAGUUGAUAAAAUUAGGUAUUGAUUCAACCAGAUUUGGAACGCAUUUACAUAAUAUAUUUCACCAUCAAAAUUUUGAAAUGUUUGACGACGAAUUGAAAGCUUACUUUUUGCACGAUGUUGAUGCUGCCCGUGCAUACAAACGAUUAUUCCUGGAGGAAGUAUACCUAAGAUUUGUUGUUGGACUUGGCAUAUUUACAAAUGUAAAUUUUUGGGACGAAUUUUGUAAUUUUAUUGAAGAUGCUUUCGAAAAUGAUGUAGCACGAGCAUUGAGAGUGAAACGAAGAUUGAUAACCGAGAAUGUCCACUUUUCUCUUGACCCACAGAGUUACUUUGAUCUCCGGCGUGGUUAUGAUAAUCUAGUGAAAAUAGUUGAAGAGGUGUUCCGAAACAACAAACUGAGACGUGUGAAAUAUUAUUUUUCUAGGUCUUUUCGUUAUUUAGAGUCGACACGUUCCUUUGUGCACAUUGAUGAAAAGUUCAACUUGAAGUUUGAGCAGUGGUGUUCGGUAGCUUCCAACUAUUCAAUUUGGUCUGGUAGUGAUUCAAAUUAUGAGUUUUUGUUCUAUGAUUACGAUGAGAGUACUUCGGAUGAGGAUUAGGAGGAUAGGAUUUUGAGAGAAAAUGAAGACAACAGGAUUUUGGAUGAAGACGCAGACUGUAUGUACUUAUGUACAAGGGAGGUGCCCCAAGCCCAGCUGACAUGCACCGAUUUCAAUGAUUCUUGCACCAUUGGAUAGAGGACAUCGAACAUGCUCUACCACGAAAUUUUCAGCUGCUGAAGUUGAUAUUUCAGCCUUCCAGGGCGAUUUUUCGAUUUUCUCAUGGUCGCAUACCGAAACCAUCCAUAUUAUUUGGGAAUUUCAAUACAUAUGAUGAGAGUAGCUCACGGGGAAAUUUUCAGCUGCUGCUGAAGUUGAUAUUUCAGCAUUCCAGGGCAAUUUUUCGAUUUUUUCAAAAUUGCAAUUUGAAAAUCGAAAAAUCGCCAUCGAAGGCUGAAAUAUCAACUUCAGCAGCUGAAAAUUUUGGGUUAGACUAUGUUCGGUGUCCUCUAUCCAAUGAUGCAAGAAUCGUUUAAAUCGGCGAAUGUCACCUGGGGCACCUCCUUUGCUAGUAAUUUGGAUGAAGGCGUAAAUAGUUGAGACGAUUCUGAGAAAUGAUGAAACUGAAUUUUUUGUAAAGAUGAUGUGGCAGGAUUGAUAGCAAUAUAUAUAUAUUAGCUGUGUAUUAUAUAAUGAUAAUCGGAUAUCUUCUACAUACCCAAUAAAUGGAUCACCAGGUAUACCUGACAUGAAAAUAAUUUAUAAUUCACCAACCAAAACCCAACAAAAUUAUCACUUUUUACUCGUAUAAAGGUCUAGAUAUGUAUUAGGUAAUUACCUGACUAAUGUACAUAAGUGUGAUUAAUGAUUCUUAUGAAAUAAACGUUCUUAAUAUGGUAAUUUCAUUCUUGUGUUGAACGUGUUCCGAGACAGUCGUGUUUUUUCGCUCGUUUCUGUGCUCAGUGCUACAUUUUUAGAGAAACAUUGAUCAUAUAAUCUUUUUAUUUUAUCAUUAGUAGAUAACGUUUUAUUUUCACACUGAUAGUGACUGUUGCAAAUUGUUAUCUCCGGUCUCAGCUUGGCUGAGCCGGCAACACACCACACAAUGACAAGUAACCCCUCUACUGGUACUGACUACAGACCAGGCACAACCUACUCAUCUAUAACAAGAAAGACAGAUACCUUCCCCUCUGCCAACCAAGCAAUUAUCUUUCCGGCUAUUGAUAAUGUACCUAUAGCAUACUAUGCAAAGAAGAUGAUAAAUGUAAUUGGAGAAAAUGUCCUACACUGCGCAAAAAUCUCAGGUGAGAGAAUUAGAUUGUAUUUAAAAUCAAGAGAGAUAGCUGAAAACUUCUUAAAAUCCGGAGGUACCAUUGAAAUAGAUAGGAAAAUGAUUCAAGCACGUUGGUAUAAGAAAGAGCAAACAGACAAAAAAAUAAUAAUCUCAAAUGUACCUCCUCAUGUGCCUCAUGAUAUCAUCAUUAAACAAAUGGCAACCCAUGAUGUUAUACCUACAUCCCAGAUGAGAUUCCUACACAUUUCUCAAGAAGAAGAAUUGAAAAAUGUCCUUUCUGAAAGAAGAUCUGUAUUUAUUCCUAUUGAAUCUGAAUCUAAAUUACCACCUUCGGAGAUGAUUACUUAUGAUGAAGAGGAAUAUCGUGUUUUUUACAAUAAUGCUCAAGUUAAAUGUUUUAUAUGUCACCAACUCGGACAUACUACAGCAACCUGUGAUUUUGCUAAAAAAGAUGACAAUAAGAUAGCAGAAAAAACCAAAAUAAAUCCAGAACUUGACUCCAGUUCCAGUGAUGUAAAAAUAACAGAACAAAACAUUGAAAAUGCAGGCCUGACUACCACACAGAUCCAUCAGAUCCAUGAUAAUCAAGUAGAACAUAUGGACCUUGACCCUAUCCAAAAUGCAGCUAAAAGACCCUUAUCUACAAGUACACAAUUAUCCGAAGAGGUACUUAACCAAUCUAAUAUCACCACUGAAGAAAAAGAUAAACAGGACAAAAAACGCAUAAGAUUUGAGCCUGAAACUGAACAUCUAGAGCCAAUUUCCAUCAAACAACUACUUGCUCCAAUAGAAGACAACUUCAAGGAAAACAGUGCAGAUUAUCCCAUUUCUUUCAGCAAUUUUGGUCUACUUAUGGACAUGGUAAAAGGCCAAAAAGAUCCCUGCCAAAGUGUACUUCAAUUUACUGCAGAUUUCAAAGGAGUUAUUAAAAUUCUACAAGACAACUACAGUUAUCUAUCUCACAGAUCCAUGAAAACUCGUUUUACAAAGCUUCAAAAUAAGCUCAAAAACCUCACCUCUAAUGAACCACCUACUACAGAGCAAGAUCAGCAACUUUCAGAUGAGAACUCUUAAACUAGAAUUUAAAUCAUCAAGAACUCGCCAGAUACUUCAGACAACUUUCUUUUUUUUUCUUUUUUUCAUCAAUUAUUAGAGUAUUUUAUUUAUUUUUUCUCAAAUAACUACCUGAUUGAUCUUAUUAUAUAGGUACUUGGAGCAAUGUAUGUUAAUUUUAGUUUUAAUUUUAAGUUGUAUUCACACCUAGGGAAAUUAGUCAUUGAGGUACAAAAUUGAAAUUAUUUUUUCAUAGCAAAAAUUUGAAAAAAAAAAAAAAAAAACAUAAAAA